UCACAGCAAUUUUUUAUGUUGUGUAGAGCAAGUGAUAAGUGUCAAAAAGAGAAAAGGAAAACCGUUAAUGGGGAUGAUUUGCUCUGGGCAAUGGCAACUUUGGGUUUUGAAGAUUAUAUUGCUCCACUCAGGGCCUAUUUGGCCAGGUACAGAGAGUUGGAGGGUGACACCAAGGGAUCUGCCCGGGGUGCUGACGGAUCUGGGAAGAAUGAUAUGAUUGGAACUCAGCUCGGUUCUGAUGCACAGGUGACUUAUGGAACUCAACUUGGAUCUGAUGCACAGUUUGCUCAUCAAGGUUCUUUCACACAAGGGUUAAGCUAUACAUUCCCAAAUUGAAUGAAUUAUGGUAAUUCCAUUGAUAGAGAAAAGUGCAAGUUUCCAGCUUCAAAUAUGGUGCAAAAUUCCUGCCUUUAUAUGUACACUUUCAGUGAACUUUGGUUUUUUUUGUCAUUUGUAAAUACUAAUAUUUCUAUCUGAGCAUCUGUGAUUGCGGCCACUAAUUAUAUGAUUUAUUGAAUUUUGGAUUGGUUUUUCAAGUUAAGAAUAUAUUCGUACA